CAUUAUUUCUCAAUUAUCACGAUUUUAAAUAAAAUUUAAAAAAGCUGCAAAGAUAAAACAAACCCCGCCGCCAUGGACGACCAAGCGUGUCCGCGGUGCAAGACCACCAAAUACCGGAAUCCGUCGCUGAAGCUGAUGGUCAACGUUUGUGGACACACUUUGUGCGAAUCCUGUGUGGAUCUGCUCUUCCUGAAGGGAUCUGGUGCCUGUCCCGAGUGCAUGGUGCCCCUGCGGAGGAACAAUUUCCGGGUUCAGCUUUUCGAAGACCCCAUGGUGGAGAAAGAGGUGGAUAUCCGGCGCCGCAUUCUGCGCGACUACAACAAGCGGGAGGAGGACUUUGAGUCGCUGGAGGAGUACAACGACUACCUGGAGGAGAUCGAGGACAUUGUUUACAAUCUGUGUAACAACAUUGAGAUCAUCGAGACGAACAAGCGCAUCGAGGCCUACAAGCGGGACAACCGUGAGGUUAUACAGCGGAACAAGACGCGCGUCGGCCGCGAUGAGCACGCGCUGGAGGAGAUGCUGGAACUGGAGAAGGUGCAGGAGGAGGCGCGCAAGAAGGAGCUCGAGGAGCUGGAGAACGAGCACAAGAAGAAAAAGGCCCGGGAUAAGCAGGCUCUGAUUGAGGAGCUGAUGUACAGCGGCAAGGAUGCCGCGCAAAUUGUCACAGAGUUCGCCGAGAAGGCGGAGAAGCAGCGCGCGGAGGAGAAGCAACUGCCGCCUCCAAAACAGGCAAACGAAUUUUCUACGGGCAUCAAGUUUGGCCAGACCGCUGACCCCUCCUUGCUGCCUGUGCCCAAGUCCGAGGAGGGUCCGCUGUUCGUUUACGAGCCACUGCUCGCCGUCACCGAAGGUCCCGAAGCGCCACCGAGCAGCGAUAUCGAGUCCAUGGGCUACACGUCUCACAUACGCGCCGAGACGCCGCAGGAGAACGCCGGCGGCUUCACCUCGGCCAUUGCUUGCGAGCGGGCAAUUCAGGAGGCGCUGCAGGGUCUCUACUAUACGCCCACCGCUGGCGUGGCGGCUGGAGGAGUCUGAAGCCGAGUUGGAGCCGAUAGAUAGAGCACAGAACGCUUACUUUGUUGAACAAACGUGUCCUAAACGAAUCCAUUCAAAUUGUAAUCGUAGUGUAAGUAAUAUAUAUUCAAAUGAAAUAAAAGCUAUAUCCUACGUUAAAGCAGGGAACGAGUAUCGCCUUUGA